UUUAGUUCGGAUCGCCGCCGAGAGAUGGCAGGCCGGGCGGCGUCGCGCUGAGAUAUGGACAGGACCGAGGCGGCUCCACUGACCAGCGAACGCAGAUAUGGGAUAUAUCGCACUGGUCUGGUGGCUGCAGCGCUACUCAUAGUAGUAGUAGCAGGUGCCGGAAUUGCUUUACUAUUCGGCAUUCGAAAUGCAACGAUCUUGCUCUGCAUCCUACUGCCUUUGCUGUUACUCAGUGCAGCAAUAGCUCACCUGUUUUUGUGGUGGCAACACAGAAGAGCAGUUCACCGGAGAGAAAAUGCAGUGGGCGAAUGGGUUCCAGCCACCGUUCAUAGACAGCAGCAAUCAAUACCGUCUGCGGAUUCACCGAGAAGUAGUGAUUCCUGGUUCAAAAGAAUAUCCAGCAGGGCAUCUACGAGAUCUACACCACCACCCGGUUACCACACAGUUUCAACGUCGUAAAUUACACCUUCAAGACGUAUUUUGUUCUCUACCUAUGUUUUAAUUAGUCACUUGCAACAGGCAUAUGCACAAAUAUGCUAUAGAUACAGAGUUCUGUGCGUCCAGGUCUUUUUAACCGAUUUAUAUAAUCGAUAUAGAAUAAGAGACCAAUCGAUGCACAAAAUAGAUCUCGUCUACUACGCAACUUACUGUCAGUACAAGAAAAUUAAUGUUAAUCCGGGUCUAAACCACCUAAUGUACCUUAACAAUCGCCAUAUUAAGACUGGGAUUUACAAAUUGUUGAAAUAAUUAACACUAGAACUGCCAAGACGGAUCGAAAUGACUUGUUUCAAAUGGCUCAUACUAUACAAAAAAAUCUGCCGGUAGUUCUAGUGUUAAUACCAAGAGGUUUGAGCUUACUAAAUCGAUUAUAAAUGGCGUUGAUUUUAAUGUCGUACUUUUUAUAACUAUAUUAUACUAUUUCAUGUAAGUAUUUCUAUGUCAAUGUAAGCAGCGAAGACUUCCUCGAAAAAUCAAAAGUUAUUUUUAUAAUUACUGUUAAUGUUUAAAAGUCUUUAUUUCAAAAUAGUCACGCGAAUCACAAUUUCAUAUUUUGUAAUUGUACGAUUUCCUAAUGUUAGAGGAAUAUUUCAAUUAUGGAUGUCUCUUGAAUAAUGCCAUUCUUUUAUUAUAGACGAUGUUAUUAUUCAUGAGUAAUUAACAGCGAUCGAUAUAGAUUUUUUAAGUAUAUGUACACAUUGUAGCGGUAUUCCAGCGCCUCUGCCUAUAUGUGUGACAAUUUGUUAAAAGUUUCAAAGGAAUAUAUUUUUAUCAUUACUACAAAUGUAGUCAUAGAUUUUAAUUAUGUGUUCAGCGCCGGUGAUAUGUUUAACUAAAAAGGUGUAUGUGUAAUGGAAAGUAAGGAACUGGAAUUACUGAAUCCUUUACAUGACUUAUGUACCAUAAUUUCGUUUUUCCAUGACAUCUUUGAUAUAUAAAGAGAAAGCAAGGUA